AGUGGCAACACGCUCGACAGCAACAGAUACUCCAGGAGUCUGUGCGCGGGAGAAGAUAGCGAGGAGAGAAGAGGAGAAGGGACCAGCAAGAUAAGACAGAAAAAAGAAAAGAGACGACAUUGUGGGGAAAUGUUUCCCAUUCUUUCCACUUGUUUGAGGAAAGAAUGGGAAAAGCUAAGGUAUGAGGGGGGAAAGAAGAAGGCAGAAAAGUGCAGAGUCACCAACCAGAAAAGCAGAAACAGCAGUCCAGUGAAACUAAACAUUAGAUGAGAACCUGGUGGAGAUGAAUCAGACACUAACUUGUGACGAAUACAGAGGAAAGAAGAAGAGAGUGUUGCUCUGGAUGCAGUCAGACAGCUUUUAACAGCUGACUAAAGGACAGAGAAGAACAAGAAACAAGAGGAAAAAGAAGACAAAUGCUGCUGUGAUUGUCUCUAAAAAAUCAAAGAUUUCCAAAUGGAAGAAAGAUUUCUUCUUCUUAAUGAGCUAAGGAGGACUGGAUCUUGGGCUCAAUGAAUAGUCUCAUCUGAAGAGAGCACGUGAAGCUUCUACAGUGACAUAAAGAAUGCCGGAGCGAGUGAGCGACUUCCAGGGCCAGAGCUUUCACAAGUUGAGGCGGGCCUGCCUGCAUCGAGGCGCGCUCUUUAAGGACCCCCUGUUCCCCGCCACUGCCCAGUCCCUCUUUUAUAAGAGGGAGCCACCGCCCGGACUGACCUGGAAGAGGCCCAGGGAGAUAUGUAAAGACCCUCGUCUGUUUGUUGACGGCAUCAGCACUCGUGACUUGCACCAAGGAAGUCUGGGGAACUGCUGGAUGGUGGCUGCUAUUUCCUGCCUAGCGUCUGAGCCAUCUCUGUGGAAAAAGGUCAUCCCUGACCAUGUGGAUCAGGAGUGGAACCCAAAGCGUCCCGACCUCUAUGCAGGAAUCUUUCACUUCAGGUUCUGGCGCCUUGGCCGCUGGAUGGAUGUCGUUGUGGACGACCGUCUGCCAGUCAGUGGAGAUGGAGUGCUGCUCUUUUGCCGCUCGGCAACACCGAGAGAGUUUUGGAGUGCCCUGCUGGAGAAGGCCUAUGCCAAGCUAAAUGGGUGCUACGAGGCCUUGGAGGGCGGAAACACCGCAGAGGCCCUGAUUGACUUCACUGGGGGGGUCUCAGAGCCCCUCAUCCUGGAUCAGGAGGCCCUCAGCCUGCACAGCGACCAGAGGAGGGUGUUCUUCCAGACGUUGGCCAAGGCCCACGAACGCAAAGCCCUCAUCACCUGCUCCAUACGGCCAGCAGAGGGGGAGACAGUGGAGUCAGUUUUAGAUUGUGGCCUGGUGCGAGGACACGCCUAUGGGAUCACAGCGGUGAGGAAGGUGUGGCUGGGGGACAAGAUGCUGAGUGGGGCGUACCGACUCUUCAUGGUGCGCAUGAGGAACCCAUGGGGGACAACAGACUGGACGGGUGCCUGGAGUCAGGGGUCACAGCAGUGGCAACAGAUGAGUCGUUCGGAGAGGGAGAAGAUGGGCCUCAUUGUUCGAGAUGUUGGGGAGUUUUGGAUGGAUUUCGGGGACUUCUGUCAGUACUUCACAGAUGUGGUGGUGUGCCGGCUGGUGGAGAGGCCUCUGCUGUGGCCGAGACCUCACUGGAGAGAAGUGCGCUGCUAUGGGGAGUGGGCUUCAGCACCUUCCAACCCUGGAACACUUCCGUCAUCCGCCGUCCUCCGCAGCAACCGUGCAUUGGGGAAGAGCAACGCCAAACCAGGAGGGACCAAGCAGCAAGGUCACUGGAAGGAGGCACGGUUUAGGGAGAGUCAGCAGGAAGGAGGGAAAAGAGGAGGAAGAGGAAGGUGUCACAAGAAAGUGACAAAGGAAGAUGGAGAAGGCGAUAGAGAGGAGCAGAAAGGAGGUUGGGAGGUGCAGGUGAAUAAGGGGAGUCGAUGUGGAGGUUGCAUCAACCACAGGGACACUUUCCUGCACAAUCCACAGUUCAUGUUUGAGGUGACAGGCAAAGAGGAGGAGGUGCUGAUCUGUCUGCAGCAGGAGGACAGGAGGAUACAGAGGAAAGAUGGAGGAGGAGCAAACCUGCCUAUUGGUUUUGAGGUGCUAAAGGUGGAGGUGAACCGCUGCAGCCGGGUGCAGUGUGUGGUGGAGCAGGCGGCCAGCUCCGUCUACAUGGACUCCCGCAGUGUGACUCUGAGGGGAACUCUGGCUCCAGGCCGCUACGUCGUGCUGCCAACCACCUUCCUGCCGGGCACCACCGGACGCUUCCUUGUACGCCUCUUUUCCCAUUCCAUUGUCUGUCUCAGGGAAUUGAGGGAGGACUUGCCAUCUCCUUCUGCGUUCCAGUGUUUUCUACCUCAGCCCACUGUGGUGACCACAGUCUAUCUCCGCAGGGCGUCAGGACUCAGCCCUCCCAAACAGACAGUUCCAGAUGUUUAUGCUGUAGUGAGGUGUGAGAACGACACCAUCAGGACACGGGUGUUCAAGGCCGAAGGAAACCCUGAGUUCAACCUCAGAACCAUCUUCUACAGGAGAUACCCAAACACACACAUCUCUAUCCAGUUGUUGAGCAGAGGUCUGCUGUGGGACUCUGUGCUGGGAAGAGCUCGACUCCUGACAGAGGAGUCUGAAAGGGGCCGGAGCCAUGUGAUUGAUCUACGAGGCGGCCAAUCGGGUUCAGGAUUCAGAGGUUGCGUCUAUGUUGAGACAUCCUCCAGCAUCUGCCUGACAGACUUGUAGCUAAUUCAUAAUUCAUUCACAACCACUGUCCUGUCUGCAGGAGCACUGAUGGACAGACAACACGAUAUUUUGAUGAAAUGAUGAAAACUUUGUUGGACAGUGAAGUAAUUCCUAAAAAAUACAUUAUGAUGGUGCUGUAGUUGCUUUGACAAACUUUAGUAGUUGUCCUAUGUAUUUCAAACCAAACUCGGUGCUCUGACUGUUAAAAAUAAACAAAAAUACUCAUGAAGAAGAAGAUGACGCGCUGUAGUGAUCUGCUGGUCAGAUAUACAGGGGGACGUCCUCCGUGACUUCAGCAGUUUAACAAAAACAACAACUGAAACUGCUGCCAAAUUAAGAUUUUUGUGUGUCCUUGUAUUAUCUAGAUUUAUUAGUACUGUUGUCUGUGUUAUUGCUGUCAAUAAAAUUGUCAUAUUUAUUUUUGCCAUUAUUUCUGUUGUUGAUAUUACAUCCAGAUGUAAAUGUCCAU